AGGCAAAAAACCGACGUCUUUUCCGUCCAUGGCCACACUCAAUCUGUCUCCCCUCUCUUCUAAACCUACGCCCAAACCGCCUCACCCCUUCAAAUCCCGGCGCACGACACCGCCUUCUUUCCUUCCUCCAGGCUAUCUUGCGCACAGGGAUCACCUACCCGGACUACAGAAGCUAGAAGCUCCCGCGAGUCUCUUCCCUUCUUUAGGACAAUCCGUCGCUCGGGCAGGCGUUCUCGCGCUCAUCGGCGCAUCUCUCUUCUUCGGUGAUCCCGCGGUCGCAUUUAAGGGAGGUGGUCCAUAUGGUGCUGGAGUUACAAGGGGACAGGAUCUUACAGGAAAAGAUUUUAGUGGGAAGACUCUUAUCAAGCAAGACUUCAAAACGUCGAUCCUACGGCAGGCCAAUUUUAAAGCUGCAAAGCUACUGGGUGCUAGCUUCUUCGAUGCCGAUUUAACAGGUGCUGAUCUUUCCGAUGCUGAUCUCAGAGGUGCAGAUCUAUCCCUCGCAAAUGUAACAAAGGCAAAUUUGAGUAAUGCAAACCUAGAGGGUGCACUAGCUACGGGCAACACGUCCUUCAAGGGAGCCAACAUAACCGGUGCAGACUUCACCGACGUGCCCUUGAGAGAUGAUCAACGUCAAUACCUUUGCAAGAUUGCAGAUGGUGUGAACGCCACGACCGGGAAUGCAACAAAGGAGACGUUGCUUUGCAACUGAAGCCUUGGGUAAACAACCAUCAUGCAUCAUCACAGGACCCAAAAUGUAUGUUGCAGUUUUGGCCUUGAGUUAAGGUGGGCCAUCUUUUUCUUUAUCAAUGUUGUAUAUGUGAUUGAAUUUUCGGAUUGUGAUAAUUUUGUUUGAAAUUCCAGAGCUUGUAAUAAUUAUAACCGUCCAUAUUUUGCAUAUCAAGUUACAAAAGUUAUGAGAAA